AUGCAGCUCACAUACCUCACCGCGGCCAUCGCCACUCUAGCAGUUGGUGUAAUGGCACAUCCAUCACCCGCAGCCCUUCCCAAUGCGGAUAUCGAUACAUAUAGCCCUAUCGUAGCCCGCGCCGAAGCAGGCGAGGAAUCAUUCGUCGACAGCGAUGGCGACGGCUGGCCAGACUACUACCGCCCAGGUCGUCGUUUCUACAACCGAUUCUCGCGAUACCGUUACCGCAACCGCAACAACAACUAG